GCUCUGUCGACUGGUCCGAAAUGUCAUCCAUAAUAUGUGCUUCGUCCCCAUCUUCAAUUUCCCACUCCUCCUUCCUACUCCAACCUCCUACUACUCACUCCGUUCGCUGCGGUAAACCCACUUCCCUUUCAUGGGCUUGGUCAUUUCCCAAGUUAAACAUCAGCUUGAGCCCUGUCUCAAACCAUCCCAACCAUUCUCUGAACAACGGUUCCUUCAUUCAAGCUGCAUGGACCCGAAGAUCACGGGGUGAAGCUGCAAAGAAACCUAAUAGGAAAUCGUGGAAGCAGAGGACAGACAUGUACAUGAGGCCAUUCUUAUUGAAUGUUUUCUUCUCAAAAAGAUUUAUUCAUGCCAUGAUGCACCGAGGAACGAGCAAAGUGAUUUCUGUUGCGACCACGAAUGCUAAGGAUCUUCGAAACUCUCUGCCAUCGUUGACUGAUCAUAAUGCUUGCAGAGUGAUAGGAAGACUUAUAGCUGAGCGAUCAAAGGAAGCUGAUGUGUAUGCAAUGGCUUAUGAACCUAGGAAAGAGGAAAGGAUUGAAGGUAAACUAGCCAUUGUUCUUGAUACCAUUAAAGAAAAUGGAAUCAUAUUUGUUUGACCGUAUUCCCUAUAUCACUUUAGGGUGUUUUUGGAUGCUCCUUUCAAGAGUUUAUAGUGGAUGAGUUAUUAGAAAUC